UCUAUGGUCUGAGAUUGGCUUGGCGUGUGUUUUGUUUUUUUACGUUUUACAGAAUUUUAAAUUGAAAAUUGAUUUAUUGAUUAGAAUAAAAUGUAAUGUUCAUUUAGGGUAUAUACUUGUGGUACCUUUUUACCGACCUAUCUAUUGGGCAAUAUGUCUUGUAAUUAUGCGGAAGGACUGUCGCCUUAUGAACACAAAGGUGUACUUGGUGUACCUGAGAAAUUUGAUUCCAUUGAGAAACUUAAUGAAAAAUGUCGUGUCCUGGCAGAACUUAUAAAAACAAGCAAGCAUGUGGUGGUCCAUACAGGAGCUGGAAUCAGUACAUCAGCAGGCAUACCAGACUUUCGGGGCCCUAAUGGAGUGUGGACCUUAGAAAAGAAAGGAAAGAAACCCUCAAUAAAUGUGUCAUUUACAGAUGCCAAACCAACAAAGACUCACAUGAUUUUGAGGAAACUAGUAGAAAGUAACAAAGUUCAGUACAUAAUCAGUCAAAACAUUGAUGGCCUACAUUUAAAAUCUGGAUUACCUAGGAAAUACUUGGCUGAGUUGCACGGGAAUAUGUUUAUAGAUGAAUGCAACUUGUGCAAGAGGCAGUUUGUCCGCAGCUGCCCGGUGGAGACGGUGGGCAAGAAGUGCAGCGGCGUGCCGUGCGCGGCGGGGCACGCGGGCGCGCGGCCGUGCCGGGGACGCCUGUACGACGGAGUCCUAGACUGGGAGCACAGUCUACCGGAAAAUGAUCUCUUGAUGUCUGAGCUACAUUCCAGCCUAGCCGAUCUAAGCAUAUGCCUGGGCACAACUCUUCAAAUCAUUCCAAGUGGCAACUUGCCAUUGGAAACUGUCAAGUACGGAGGGAAACUAGUCAUAUGCAAUCUGCAACCUACUAAACAUGACAACAAAGCAGACUUAGUUAUAAAUUAUUAUGUAGAUGACAUCUUAGAAAAAAUCAUGAACAUUCUAAAUUUAGAAACACCAGAAUACAUUGAGGCAGAUAAUUUUAUUAAAUUAGCCCAAAACACUAUUAUCGACUGGACUAUAAGGCGAAAGGAUGUAUUGGCAUUAGAAAAAGUGUUCAAAGUAAAGUGCAAAGGUGUGAAAAAGAAACGUAUAUUGGUUAAAAAAAGAAACAAUACAGAAAUUGGUUUUUCAAAUGUUGAUGAUAAGUCAAAAGUAAUCAAAUUGGAAAAUAGGAAAAUGAAUGAUCCUGCUAGUGAUGUCAUACUUGUUCAAAAUAAAAGGAACAGAACAGAAGUAGCUAGGUUUAGUGAUGAUAAGCCAAAAGUGAUCAAAAUCGAAAAUAGUACUGCUAGCGAUAUAAUAUUAGUUACAGAAAUAGGUACUUUUAAUAAUGAUGAUAAGUCAAAAUUGAUCAAAAUAGAAAAUAGACAUGUGAAUGGUCUUUCUAGUGAUGUUAUACUAAUUAGAAAUACAAGAAAGAGUACAGAAAUUUAUACUUCUAUUGAUAAAUCAGAAGUGACCAAAGUGGAAAAUAACGAAGAGGAUGAUAAUGCUAGUGAUUUAAUUUUAGUUGAAAGUAAGAGAACUACAGAAGUACUGGUGAAUGGUUCAAGCAAUGUUAAGUCAGAAGUGAUCAACUUAGAUAUUAAUGAAGAAAGUGAAAAUGUAUUAUCUUCUGAUAAUGAAGAUGUAAUUUUAAUUGAGUAAUUGUUUUUAACCUGUGCUGCUUUUAUAUUUUUUGAGAUUUGAGCUUGAUUAAGAUUUAGUUAUAAAAAACUUAUCCUGAUAACAUCUUGAAAGAGAAAAAAUUGUAAUUUUAAGGAUAGGUAUGUACUUGAAAUACAAAGAAAAGAUCACAAAAACUUCAUUGAACAUAUUUAUUCUUUCCCAUUUUAAUAUUAUACACUUAUGAUAAUAAUCACUUGUGGAAUGUAACCCAUAAUGAAUGUUAUAAAAAUACAAAACUAUUUGCUAUAAUAUAGACUAACAUCCUACUUAAGUAGAAUUAUGUUAUAGUAUUCUUUCUACUAACACCUCCCUAAGUCCAUUUAAAACUAAUAAGGCAAGCCAAGACGCCUAUUGUUACAGUACUAUCAAUAUUGUGUCGCGAUUUUGGGAUCGCAGGAUUUCAAGAUCAUCCUUACCUUCCAUUCCUAGUACAGUUCUUGCAAUUGACGAAGGCGAGUGGCUUAUGCUUGUGUUUAAGUCGUAUCCGCAUAAGUAAGGUACAUUAAAUGUGAGCGUUUGCGAGAGCUUGCUCGCGACAGAUUGGUCCAACAUGCACGCACAAUUACGCAAUGCUCAUGUAUACGAUGUAACCACAAGUAAAGUUCACUCGCCUUCGUGAAUUGCAAGAACUAUAUUACUUUUAGAAUUUCAAUACCUCCUUCAAUCAAUACGUCCUUGCAGGUCGCGUAUCGCGUGAUAACGUUGGUAGUGUAACAAUUACUACAGGCCUCAUAAUCUUUUUCUAAUAUCUAUAAUAAAUUAGUUUAAUA